AUGGGAAGAGAUUGGGUGGAUGGAGGCACGAGAGGAAACAAUGGCAGAGCGCAUCGCUGUGUCGGCUGGAGUCGGUUCCGGGCACCAGAUGGCAAGGUAGUCAGUCUGGCGCAAGAAUGCGGCAUAAGCAACCAGCGCGUCGUCAGCUGUGCACUAAAGACCAUGCGACCCAUCAGAUUGGAUGCGAAAUGCUGGAACGACCGUUAUGGCCCGCACUAUGACAUAUCGUGGACCCUAGCCUAUACAUACUUAGCAAGGCUGGAGUCAAGAAAAGAGGCAUGGAUCGCCUCAUGGGGCAAAUAG